AUGGAGGAAAAUCCAAAAAGAAAAAUACCCCGAAUUACGUCAGAUGAAGAUCAUCUUGUUUCUCAAAAACCGGUUGCCUCACUAUCGGUAUCUGAAUUAUCAGAAUUUUAUUUUUAUGAUUGCGAAAAAUUUUUAAAGCUUAAAUCAAGACAGAAUCACGAUGAGAAAAAUGCUCGAAUUACGAAAGGACCAACGUUAAAAACCUCAGAGAGACAUCGUGGAAGAAAAUUUGAAGUUGAAGUUGAGAAUGAAUUAAGAAAUUUAUAUGGAGAGAAUGUAAUUAAUUUUGAAAACGUGUCAAAUGAGGCUAAUAUCAAUUUAUUAAAGAAAGCGAAAGUUGGUCAAAUCUUUUGUCAAAUGUCAUUUAAAGUAAAUGAAACAUUCUAUGAAAAGUUCAAUUUAAAAGGUAUCAUUGAAAUAAAAGAUUUUAGACCGGAUUUCAUUAAAGUUAACAAAAAAAGUUACGAAAUAAUUGACGCAAAGUCUUCAAAGUGUGUACAAUCUUCUCAUAAGUUUCAAGUUGCAAUUUAUGCGUACCUUCUUAAUUUAAUGGUUCGGGACAUCAAAGUUUCAAAUACAUGUGGAAUUUAUUUGCCACCUUUCAAUUUACAACAAAUUAGUAUAAAGGAAUUGCUUCCGGAGAUAAAAGAUUUAUUUCGUGAAAGGUUACCACGAAUUAUAGAAACGUCAAUUCAAAAUUUACCUUGGCAUUUUGAUUCAAGUUGUAAAAAUUGUUACUUUGUGUAUAAUUGUAAAAAAGAAGUCAAAGGUACCCUUGCACUGAUCCCAAACUUAUCACGUAACCAAUUAAAAAACAUUAAGCGAGAUCUUGAAACAGAAGAGAGUGUAAUGAAUGUUGAAUUGGUUAAUGACGUUGACAUUGAAGAUUUGGUAAAAUAUUUAUCUAAUACUAGUGCUGAUGAUGAACGAGCAAAGGGUAUUAAAAAGAUCAUUAAGUAUGAUGAAAAGUUGAAAAUCUCUCCUUAUAUGAAAAUGAAGUCUGGGCAGGCUCAGUUCGUUGGAGUUGCAACUACAGAUUUUCCUCAAGAUUAUAAUUUAUUAAUUACAAUGUCAUUGGAUACCUUAUCGUUAAAGCCUUUCGGAUGGGGAAUAUGUCUUUAUGCUCGCGAUAAGAAAAUCAAGCAGAAAUUCCGACAAUCAAAAUCACUUUCAAAAGAUGAAGAUCUUAACAAGGUAUUCAUUUCUUUUAUGGAUGAAUUCACUACUUUAUUGGUGCAGUGUUUUGAACACCUAAAAUCAAAUAAUUUAAAAGCUUGUGCCUUCGUGUAUUCUAAAAAAGAAAAGGAAUAUAUUCAAGAUUCUUUAAUAGAAAUAAUAAAUCUUGAGAGGUCAAAAAUGGAUUUAAAUGUAAUUAAGCGUAAAGCCAGAAUAUGUUUAUUUAAUUUAUUUGAAGAUUCGAAGUUGUUAUCAGUCAUUAAGAAUAAUGAGGAACUUCCAGCACGUAACACGCGUGAAUUUCCACGAUUGAUCGUUUUAGAACAAUCGAUAAGAGAAAAUGUCGCAAUUUGCGUUCCCGGAUUUUAUUGUAUUACAGAUAUUUGGGAACAAUUGGUGGUGCCAAAGUUGCAUGAUCAAGUAUUGCUUAGGUCUUUAAAACCACAUGUUAAAUAUAUCGAUUUUGAAAGUAUUUUUACUUUUUGGCAUUCUGCAGGUCCGAAGCAAGUGAAUAAAUUUCAAUUGUUAAGAAUUGAUUUCGGAUAUGCAGUAAUAGAAGCUUAUUAUGAUCUACUUAAAGAAUCAAUUAACGACAACAGUACUUUCAAAUUAAUAUUUGACGCACCUGAAUUUACUUUAGCUUCCACCAAAACCUUUAAAAAUAAUUAUUUGGGUAAAUUAUAUUAUUUCAAACUACUUGAAGCAAGAGUUGAAUGUAAAGAUAAAAAGCCUCAAAGGAUGAGUGAUUAUUUGCAAAAUGAAUCUGCAUAUGGAAUUAAAAUUCAAUUUGAAAAGUUUAUUAAUAUAAAUUCGGAUCGGGUGACGCUAUUCACUACUUUAAGUAACGAACAAGAAUUAGAAAGCGAUCGACAUUAUAAACAAUUUAUGCUUGUUGAGGAUAGUCCCGAGGGAAUUCUGGAGGCUAUUAGAUUUUCAGAUUUGACCCAUAUGGAUGACCAAGAAGUUCAUUUCGAACAAAAAUCAACAUUUUUAUGCAAAACAUAUCGCCUUUAUAAACGGUGUAUCAAUUUUAAUUUGAAUAAAGUCAUAGACAUGCUUAUUGAAAUUGAUAAUCGAGGUGUUAAGUCAGUGUUUAUGGAUCUCUUGGUAAAUACAAAUAAUUGGUGUAAAGAAGAAUUAUUGGAAGGAAGACUUAAAAUUGUUUCGGGACCAGCUAGUUCUGAUAAAGUCGCGUCGCUGAUCAUGCAGCAUUUGAGUCAGCCAAUAGAUCAAAAUAGGAAUUACAUAAUUGGUGUAACGGCAUUGUCAAGGGAAGCUAUUGAAAAUUUACUGAAGGGUAUUUCUGUGCCAAAACAAGUGAAGAUUUUUAAUAUGGUUUAUAUAUUGAACAACAAAUCUUUAAACGGAAGAAUAGUAGAAUGUGAAGCAAGUACUUUACCUACAAAAAUUAAUAAGAUUGGAAUGCCCGGAAAUCUUAUUGUAAUUGGAGGUACUGUUUGGGAUUGGCAUAAGUUAAGGAAAGCAUGGAAUCGUUGGCCUGGGUGCGACAUUAUGUUAAUCGAUGAAGGUUCCCAGGCAAUUUCAGAUGCUAGCAUUGCGAUUGAAUGCUUGAAGCCAAAAACCGGAAAGUUAAUUAUUGCUGGAGAUACGGAAUUGAAGCCCUAUAUUCGAAAUAAAUUUCCUAAUGAUCAUCCUUUCUUAUUUGGAUCAAUCCAACAAUGCUUGAAUUCAUUGAUAAUGAGAAAUAACAAGCAUUAG